AGACCAGAGAUGCCAGAUCAGAGAAAACAUCUCAGCCAUCGACAGAUAGAUAGAUAGAUAGAUAGAUAGAUAGAUAGAUAGAUAGAUAGAUAGAUAGAUAGAUAGAUAGAUAGAUAGAUAGAUGAAAGAAUUAUCCAAAGUCAAUAUACAUUUGACAUUUCUGGGUAUCACUCUUGAAAUUUCAGUUUCUGCAGCCAUAGGCCUACAAAAAGAAUCCAAUUCUAGAACGUUUGGGGCUACCAUGCUUGGAGAAGCUUUCCUUCAUGUUCUGAACUGCAAAGAAGACACCACAGAUCAUAAUGGACACGCUCGCACACAUUCGCCCACCCUCAUGACCCUUCCUGACCCCUGCACUACAAACGCCACUUCCAGAUCACCUCUGACACCACAAACUGUGAGAGUUGGUAGGCGUGAAGGCCUGGAAAAGCCAGGGCAUUGCCGAGUCUCUGUACCCAGCAAUGCUAUGCCCAUUCUCAGCUGUAGUGGGGAGGAUCACAUGGGCAUGUCUCUGCAUUGCUCCUUGUGCUGUCCCAGCUUCUGCAAGGACUAUCCGGACCUCCGGCUUGCAGGUGAUCGGCUGGGGCUCUGCAGUCCUCAUAACCCAGACAUGCUUAACCCACCGUAUGACGGGCCACUGCUGCAAUCUCAGGACUUGAGCUCUCUGGAACCAGGUCAACAGGCAGAGGCUGCGACCCAGCAGGAUGAGGAGUAUCUUGUCAUAGAGAGCAUUCAGGGGCUUGGCUGGGAGAGAAGGCUCACUAACUCCAUGUUGAAUGGCUAUCUGGAAGUCCAAAUGCUGGAGGUGUUUUGUCAGCACAUGCAAAACAUGGCAUGCUACGGAUCAUCAUUGCUGGGCACUGACGUCAUGCCGGCACUGGUGCCCACCAGCCUGACUGUAGCCAAAGAACAGACAGCCAGUCAUGAAGAAGAGCUGGAUUCUUCAUCCAAAAAUGUUGUGCAAUAUUUAAGCACUUGUUCAGCUCCAGCAACCUCGCAUUUCAGCUCACCUGUGCUGCGUAUCUCAGAAGCUGAGUAACCAAUCUCAUGAACACACACAACAUUUGUUUUCUGUUGGGCAGGAGACAGGAGUCUUUUGACCAACACACAAAUAUUUAAAGUGAACUGUUCUUAGAAUGUUUUGUAUGAAAUACUGAAAGCAUUUUGUAUGAAUUUGUUUAAAAAAAAACAUUUGUAAAAAAAAAGAGAGAUAAUUUCAGUAAAUAAUUCCAAUGAAGUAUAUAAAAGGCAAGGCAAGGCAAAAGUAUAGCUAUAUGAUUUACAUACAUAUAUGUGUUAGCAUGAGACAUAUCACCUUUAUUUUUAUUUUAUACUUGAUAACUGUCCAUCAAUAAGGUCAAUCAGGGUCAAUAGGAUUUUUAUUGUUUUUAAAUUUAGUCUCUUAUGCUCACCAUGAAGGCUGCAUUUAUGUGAUCAAACAUAAAAUAAAACUGUAAUAUUGUUAAAUAUAACUACAAUUUAAAAUAACUGUUUUUCAUUUUAUAAUAAAUUGUAGACAAUAUAAAAUUAUAUAUAUACACAUAAUUUUAUUUCAGUGAUGUCAUUUCGGUAGUCUUCAGCAUCACAUUAUCAUUCAAAAAUCAUUCUAAUAUGCAGAUUUCCUGCUUAAGAAAUAUUUAUUAUCUAUUUUGAAAAGAGUUGCGAUGCUUUUUGUGGAUUUUUCAGGUUAUCUGAUGAAUAGAAAGUUCAAAAGAACAGAAUUUAUUCGAAAUAGAAAUCUUUUGUAACAUCUUCAAUCACUUUAGCCUACUGUCAGUUUUUAUAAUUCUUGCUUUAAUUUAUUUUAUUUUAUUUCUUUCUUUCAAAAAACAAAACAGUAAACCAGAGGAAUUAUGUUAGUAUAACCAAAAAUUCAUACAGCCACCAAUAAAAACUGGCACAUCUCACAGAUCAAAUAAUUAGUUUUUACUGAAUUCACAUAAGUGUUAAAAAAAUUAAACGAUGGACAAUUCUGCCACAAAUAAUGCUCCAGAUUUUGUUGACAGAGCUUAAUUAAUAAUUGUCUAAAUUCAUCCUUCCCAAACCUCAAAUAAUAUCAAAUUGUGCUGACAAACCAAUUGCAAACAACUCAGAAACCCACAAACAUAUCUAAAUAUCUUACUCACCCAUCAAUAGUAGCUUAAGGUACUCUGGAAGAAGAGGAACCAAAGUCACGCUGUCAUGUUUAUACUGUGUAAAGACCUUUAUAAAUGUUACCACUUCCUCCUAAACAGCCAAUCAAAUGUCUAUAUCCAUCAAUCCUGCUGCUGACUGCUACUUUCUUUUUACUAAAGUAGUGUUUGAAAUGAAAUUUAAACUAUAUUAGCUUAUGUCCUCAGUUCUAUAUAAAUGAUACCAUAAUUCAGAUAUGUGCAUCUUUUUCUUUUUCAUUAGACGUUUGUGGUAAUGUUUCAAUAAUGUGUAACUUUUAAUUGUUUUGAAUAAUACACCAAACAGCUGAACAAACGCUGAUAUUAUGCUCGCGCCCUCUACUGGGAGCUUCCGGAACGGCGACCAAUGUCACGACGAAACAUUGUGCCUUCAAAAAGUUGAUUUAUUGUCUAUUUGUUGAUUUAUUAUAGUUGGUGUUGUCAGUUAUAAACAUCAAAAUUAAAACAAAUAAACAUUUGAAAUAUAUCAGUAAGUGUUCAAUUCAAUUCAAGUUUAUUUGUAUAGCACUUUUUACAAUACAAGUCAUUACAAAGCAACUUUACAGAAAAUUAAGUUUCUACAAUAUUUAGUGGUAGCUUAUAAGUGGUGACUGUCAGUUUGUGCACGUUUGACGGGAUUUUUCUGAAAAAAAUAAUACAAGACAUAGUCAGCAAGAUGAUGAACAUUAUUAACAGCAAUUAUUAUGAUGCAGUCACACUUGUAGCAAUAUUUGUUAGUUAUGUUUGUUGAUUCAGGAUUAGCAUCAUCUGGGGUCCUCUGAGGGGUCAGCAUCAUCUCUUCUCAGGUGUUCUGGACCCAGACUGGAGCAUGUGUAAAUCCUAGUUACCAAAACAUAGAAACAAAUAGAGACAUCAUUAGCUGCUGUUCCAACAAAGUAAAAUUAAUUAGUUUAACCUAAGCUAAAGAAUAAGAAUGCGCAUUUGAUCAGAUGCAACUGCAGUCACAAUUUAAGAGAUACAUUAUUCGAAUGCUUGGCGAAAGAUAUGUGUUUUUAAUCUAGAUUUAAACAGAGAGAGUGUGUCUGAACCCUGAACAUUAUCAGGAAGGCUAUUCCAGACUUUGGGAGCCAAAUGUGAAAAAGCUCUACCUCCUUUAGUAGACUUUGCUAUCCUAGGAACUACCAAAAGUCCAGCGUUUUGUGACCUUAGGGUGCGUGAUGGGUUGUAGCGUGGUAGAAGGCUAGUUAGGUACGCAGGAGCUAAACCAUUUAAGUAAGUAAUAAUAAUUUGUAACAGAUUCGGAACUUAAUAGGUAGACAGUGCAGAGACUGUAAAAUUGGGGUAAUAUGAUCAUAUUUUCUUGACAUGGUAAGGACUCUAGCUCCUGCAUUUUGGACUAUCUGUAGCUUGUUUACUGAAGAAGCAGGACAACCACCUAGAAGUGCAUUACAAUAGUCCAGUCUACAGGUCAUGAAUGCAUGAACUAGCUUUUCUGCAUCAGAAACAGAUAACAUGUUUCGUAGCUUGGCUAUGUUUCUAAGAUGGAAGAAUGCAGUUUUUGUAACAUGGGAAAUAUGAUUUUCAAAAGACAAGUUGCUGUCUAAAAUAACACCCAGAUUUUUGACUGUAGAGAAAGUAACAGUACAUCCGUCUACUUGAAAAAUGUAAUCUACAAGAUUCUGUGUAGUGUUUUUUGGUCAAAUAAUUAAUAUCUCUGUCUUAUCCGAAUUUAAUAAGAGAAAAGUAUUUUUCAUCGAAUCUUUUACAUUUUUAACACACUCUGUAAGCUUAGAUAAUUUAGAAGUUUCAUCUGUGUGUAAUGUGUGUAAUGAAUGAAUAUAAUAUAUAUACUUUUCACUUUUUGAAUGGAAUUAGAAAUAAAAUAAAUCAACUUUUUGAUGAUAUUCUAAUUAUAUGACCAGCGCCUGUAGUCCAUGACAGGGGUGUCAAAAUAAAUUUAUGGAAGUCCACAGGACUGCAGAGUUUAGCUCCAAUCCCAAUUAAACACACCCGAUACAGCUAAUCAUGCACUCCAAGAACUGCGGCCCUCCAAGAACCCCUGGUCCAUGACAUUGUCCUUCAACGCUGUGUGAGAACUAAAUUUGUAUAUUACAUAGAUGUUGCAGCUAAAAUAAGUGCAUUGCCUCCAAUAUACUAUAUUAAGCUUUCCAUUUUAAUGUAGUAAUGGAUAGUAGAAAUAAAACCUUUACUGCCAUGAACGUGCAGACAUAGCCUACUGAUUUGACGUCACUCUGGCAUCACAUUUAGGGAGAUACCAACAUCAUUUAAUGAAAAAUAAUGUCUGUUUGUUUGCGUGCAGAGUACAUGUGUUUGAGUGCAUGCUGAUAUCCUGGCACAAACUCACAGCAUCACUAACAGGAUUAACUGUUAACUGUGAUCUUUAAAUGUGUGUGUGUGUGUGCGUGAGUGAGUUAAUCUGUUCUGUGCCAACAUGGCUACUUCACACUCUGUGGGCAUCUAAACGGGCUCGUUAGCCUGGCACCAUGUGGCAAACCAUAAUACCAGAUGGAGCGCUUUCUCUCUUUCUCUCUCUCCACUAGUCCUGGAAACUGCCCAGGCUAGAAUAACAUGUAAUCUAGUUCCUUUACAUAUUUUGAUGUGCUGUGGCAUGAAAUGGGAAUGUAAAUGCAUGGGUUAAUGAUGUGAUGGCCAUUUCUGUUGAGUUUCAAAAUAAAUAAAUAAAUGAAAUGAAUGUAAAAUAAAAGCAAUUUAUAGACAAAUAACUCUAUCUAUCUAUCUAUCUAUCUAUCUAUCUAUCUAUCUAUCUAUCUAUCUAUCUAUCUAUCUAUCUAUCUAUCUAUCUAUUUAUCUAUCAUAACCAUAAAAAUAUUUUCUUAAAACAAUCCUUAAUUUAAUUCAUAUUUGUAUAGUGCUUUCCACAAUCUAGUUUCAAAGCAGUUUUUAAAAGUUUAACCCUUUCAGCGCCACUCCCUUUUUUGAAUAUAGACGUGAAAGUGCACUAUUAAAACUUAAAUUUAUAUAAUUCAUGGAUGCUUUGGAAUACAGUCCUAAGGUUGGACUCUUUUUUAAAAAAAAAAAACAAUCUGCAGAUUAUUGCAGUCAGAAUAAUCAAAAAAUAUUAAAGUAUCAAAAAGGUAAAAAAGUUAAAAUGUACUGUAAAGAAAUGCACUGUACCAUUUUUAUAUUAUUUAUAUUAAAACAUAUUUUUCUAAAUAUUUUUGAAUGCAAAAUUACUAUAAAAUGAAAACCUUAUGUCUUAAUAAAUUAUGUUCCAAAUUUGAAGUUGAUAUUUAAAAAAUUAAGCUUCCUGAGAGAUUUUAUGUAGGGCGUUAUACCACAAACAGCCACCAGGUGCCAUCAAAACUCCACUGAGUUUUUAAAAUGCAUUUUUCUGUCACAAAUAUCUAAAUAAUUCUGUCAAUAUUACUUCUAUCACAAAAUAUGGAAUCUUGAGACUCAAAACUAUCUGACCAUAUGUAUUUUGUCAAGAUUAUAAAAAGUUUUGAUUCUAAAAGACCAUAACACAUUUUGUAACAUGAUACCUGACUCCACCCACUAAGGUGAAGGAGACUGCCAAAAGACAUUAAAGUACCAUUUCUACUGUAUCGCAAUGUCCGAUUUCAAAAUGGUUUUCACAGGACGAAUUUGAAGGGUUUUAAGUAUGUGACCGAGAAAAAAAUAAUAAUAAUAAUAGAGAGCCAACUGGUGGGCCGAUAGCACUUAAGAGGUUAAUUUAUUUAAUGCAUGUUAAAGUCACGUGCAGUCAAGUACAUUCAGUGCAAGAAAUAUAUACUACUUUUCAUUUGUUUGCAUCCCUUGAUUAGUCAUUUAAUUAAUAUUUUAGAGAAAAGUAUAUAAAACCAUUAUGAACACAAAGAUUGUACCAU